GCAGAUACACAGCAGCUCUAGAGCAUUUUAGAUCGGCGGGCUUUCUGAAGCGAGGCUAUAGUAGUUUUCGCCAGUGUUGGUAAAUCCAGUGCUAGCAUGGCAUUUCAGUUUGGCCUAGCCGAUUACAUCGCCAUAUUGUCUAUCCUAUGGAUUUUACUAUACGGGUACCUUUCCAGAAACAGAAACUACUGGAAAAACCAAAAUGUUAAGUUUGAAAGCUUUUCCAUCUUGGCUCGUCCGAUCCAACGAAUGCGAAAGCCAGUCUGCUUGCAUGAUCAAGAACAAUAUCAGAAGAUGGGACGAGUGUUCGGUCUUUACGAAGGAGGAAAGCCCAGCUUGAUGCUGUCGGAGCCUGACCUGUUGAAACAGGUUCUAGUAAAGGAUUUUUCAGCACUGCCCAACAGACGAGAGCACAAGUUUGACGAUCCAUUUCUCACUAACAUAAUGACACUGGCACCUGUCGAACGCUGGAGAAAAAUACGUCAACUUGCUACGCCUGCAUUUUCAACGGCAAAGCUGAGGAAGAUGAAUGAAUUAAUCCAGGACUGCGCAAGAGUUAAUUCCGAGCAUCUUGCAAGGGCAGCAGAAGAAAGCAGGGACUUGGAUGUCAAACAGUUUUACGGACACUUCGCUCUCGACAUGAUUGCGAGAUGUGCGUUUGGUACGACGCUUGACUCCUACACGGACGCGACGAAUGAGUUCGUAACACAAGCGAGAAAGGCUUUUGCGGCGAAAAUCACGCCUCUGGUAAUCAUUAAAGUGCUACUUCACAACUUUGUCAAGAAUAUCAAGCUGGCAACAUUCGACGAAAAGGCUUUCCUCUACUUCAAGAGCAUCUGUCAGCGCAUCAUGAAAAAAAGAGACGAAGGCAAACAGAGACAAGACGACUUUCUGCAAAUGAUGAUUGAAGCUCGAAAAGGUCGGCUGGCACCCUGCGGCGAAAGCGGGGACGAACCAGGGACCGACUACUUCGAUGACGGCAUGGAAUCGAAGUCAAAUGGCACGUCGAGUUCUAAAGUUCUGACCGAGGACGAAGCCCUGGCCCAGUGCGUGCUAUUCUUCGUGGGCGGCCAGGAGACGACCGCGUCGACGGUGGCGUUCGCCGCACACCUGCUCGCCGUGCAUCCCGAAGCGCAGGAGAAACUCAGGCGAGAAGUGGAUGACUGCAUUGCGACGCACGGAAAUGAGCCCAGCAUGGACGUGGUGUCGAAGCUGAAGUACCUGCACUGCGUCGUCUCCGAGACGCUGCGACUAUACCCUGCGACUCCAAGGCUUGAGCGGUCGGCACUCGAAGACUACGUGCUUGGCGAAACGGGAAUCAAGCUUCCCAAGGGCUGCACAGUCGUCGUGCCUGUCUACGCUCUACACCGGGACCCGGAGUACUUCCCGGAACCAGAUGCUUUCAAGCCCGAGAGGUUUAGUGACGAGAACGCAGGCUCAAUCAAGCCUUACACUUACCUUCCAUUUGGGGCUGGGCCAAGAAACUGCAUCGGGAUGCGGCUAGGACUGCAUGCUGUCAAGGUCGCGUUGCUGCACUCUAUUCACAAGGUGCAGUUUGUUCGGACAGAAAAAACUCAGGUUCCCCUGAAGAUGAAAAUUGGUUUCGGUGCCGUGACUGCCGAAGACAUGACCGUAGGGAUACGCAAGCGGCCGUGAAAUGUUGCUUAAGAGCAUGGAGAAGCUUGGAUGCUUCAAUAACAUGGAAAAUGAUGAUUUUUGUGUUAUGCAUGCUCAGUGUCAAUGCAGUAUUUCCUUACCUGGCGUCUCUCAAAAUGAGCAUAUUAUUUAAGUACGGUUACAUGUGGCUUUGUUUACAACACUUUGUAGUUUAGGUGUAUCAAGUGCAUUGCACUUGUAUGAACUUGAGAACAUGCAAGUUGUGUCUUCUGGAUUGCAAUAUUUCAAGCUUUUCAGCGAAGAUUGUCAUCAGUAACUAAAUUUACGAACUGAUUAUGUAGGGGAACGCGCCAAGCGGGGGAAAAUUUUGAAAGUGGCAAGCAUGAAAAAUUGAUUGAUAGACUAUAAGCACAAAUAAUCCGAUGAUCUACAUUUUACCAAUUCAUUCUUAGACAUAUAUUUUAGAGAACAAGUUGCAAUUGUGCUACUGUGCUCGGGGCGUGUUCGUCUAGCACGGAACACGACAUUUGCACCAAUUUAGCAAUAUCGGCCUCAAACAUGAGGUGAAAGGGUUCAGUGUUUCGUUUAUUUUCUGAAAAAGUCUUCGUUAAGCAUGGCGAGAUGGCAAUGUGAGGAACAUGAACGGAUAUUGUGGCAGGCUUUUUAGAAUGAAAAUGGAAAUGUUGUGGUAUCCCGAAUAUUUUUUUUCACG